UACGGUAUAGCUUGCUUCGAGCAUGUGGUGCAACGAUGCACCUGCGUGGUGGUUUCUGAGAAUUUCAAUAUGUUUUAGACAAUUUAGAACACGAAGCACGAGCAUCUGUUACCUCUUUCCAUCCAAACACAGACUUAUCGACUCACUCGUGUUCGAGCAGUCAAACAGACAAGUUGUCUAUCGAACGUGUUCACGUGUUUUCUCCAAAAUCAAAAAAGUACCGGACGCUGUCAACAUACGUUACGACAGUGUAUAGAACCAUUUUCCACGUGCAGUGACAAAAAUAUUUAAAAUUCAAAGAAUAAUACAUUGAAUUAUUAUCUAAACAAUACGUUAAAAUUAUCAAGAUGCCAGGAAAAAGUAAGAGAGGAAAAACUGGCAGGCGCAACAAUUCCGACUCCGCUGACGAAUCUGUGACGGAUACCGCCAGCUGUAUUUCGUACGAGGCAGUCCUGAGCGAGGAUAACAACUAUAAAAACGACGUUGACGAGAAUUACGAGCAAGACUCGUGCAACGACGAUAUCGACGGACUCACGUCCAAAUCCGCUCAGAGCCGAGUGUCUCACUUCCUCAAGGUCGGCAAGUCUUUUACGGACAAAUGUGUGCCGGAUUUCAUCGAGGGGCGAAAAUUCACGCUCACAGACGCCAUCGAGAGAAGCUUGAAGAAAGCCAAAGGUGAGGAACGAAGCGCCGCUGCUAAACUGAGUACCUUGAUGUGUGCACAACUCGGCGAUUGUGCCGAGGAUGUAUACCAAGCACUCAAAGCAACGAUGAUGAAAAUUGCCAACGAUAAUGCGGCCUCGAUCGCUGGCAGGACCGAGUGCUGCUGGUCUCUUAGCAUGAAUCAAUUUCUGUCCGGCAAAGAUCUCAGUGAAUUUCUAGAGUUGAGUCAGCUAUUGUCGAACGUAUUCGCUGGCUCUUAUCCAAAAGGAAAUGGCGCCAUGGUAAAAGUUACACCCGAACUCGCUGUACUUCACGCUGCUGCCAUUUCGUCUUGGACAUUACUAUUGACUACGAUAAAUCCCGUCGACGUGAGUAAUUUACUGAAAAACGCACAAACGAAUACUUCUGUGCCGUCUCUCGAUCAAUUGAGUGGAUUGCUUCGAUCUCCUCAUUUGGAUGUGCGUACAACAGCGGGCGAGGCAUUGGCUGUGAUUUUCGAACUGGGACGAGGCUAUUCGGAAGAUUACGAGCAAGCCUGGGGCGAAGAAUUGGUUGAAAUUUUGAAGGAAUUGGCCACAGAUUCGAACAAGUUCAGGGCGAAGAAAGACAAGAUCAUUCAGCGAGCUACAUUCAGAGAUAUUCUGCGCUACAUCGAAGAAGAUACGACUCCAGAAACUCGGAUUAGAUUCGGAAAAGAAACAUUACUUUUGAAUAGAUGGUGCGUUCGCGCUCGAUACAAUGCUUUUUGCAGAUUACUCGGUCCUGGCAUCAACAUUCAUUUGGCUGAAAAUCAAGUGCUCAGAGAUGUGUUCGAUCUUGGCAACAAAAUCAUUGAACCGAUUGAAGAUAAAACAUUGAAAGCCCCUAAACUUCAGAAAACUUUGGCGAAUGCUGCAGCUUUUAAAGCACGCACUAAAUACAGAAACAAAUGCCGAAGCGAGCGCUUGGUCGAUUUGGACGCGGACGAAUUUUAAUUAUUUAUAAUCGUGACACGGUAUGGAUGUAGAUUUUAGGAAAACCUUGAAGACGUUAAUAAACACAUUAAAUUUAUUUUAUAAUCAAUGACAAUAAUUUAUU